CACACAUUCUCAGAGGAGAAUCAAAUCUGACUGUGCAGCCAAGCCAUUGAGCGCCAAAAUCCUUUUGGCCUUUUGCUUUAUUUGUUUCUUUGUUUUUUUUUUUUGCUUUAAAUCUUUAUAUAUUUUAUAUUUCUCUAUAAAUAAUCCUCCAAACUUCAUCAGAAUUUCAACUUGCUUCCUCCAAAACCCUCUCUCAAAACCUUUUGUAAUAUUAGAAAUGGAGGUGUCUGGUUUAAAUGGAUUGCAAUGUGAUGAGGAGAAGGCAUUGAACAGUUUGCUUGAUGCAUUUGGUUCUGCAUUUUCUCUCAAAGAUAUUGCUUCUGCUUACUGUGAGGCGGGCCAGAAUGCAGAUUUGGCUGGUGAAAUUCUGUAUGAAAUGCAGGGAAGCACCUCUUCAGUUGCUGCUGAUGCAUCUAAUGAUGAGGUGAAAAAUGAUGAAACGUUGGAAUCAUCCUGUGGUAAUAAUUCCCAGAAUUAUUGUCAAGCAAAUGGAGAUUUAAGAGCUCCAAAGCAAAAAGUGAGACCGGUUUCAGGAGGCACUGUUUCAAGCAUGUUAGGAAAGGGGUAUAUGAAGUCUGUACCCUUGGCUAAUGGUUCCUACCCAGGAACCAAACCUUUGAAGGUGGACUCACAGGAGGUUCCAAUGUCUGGACUUUGGGGGGAAGGACUUAAAUCCAGUUCUCUAAAGGAAGAUCAUUUGCACAAGGAUAUGGAAGAUUUUCUUUUCAAAAUGCUCGGAGAGGGAUUUCGACUGGAUAGGGAUGUGAUUAGACAAGUUCUUGAUAGCUGUGGAUACGACAUGCAAAAGAGCAUGGAGAAGCUUCUUGACCAGUCAGCUGUGAGUUUGGACAAAGAGAGCAAAUUUCUUGGUGAGUCCAGUAAAAAGACUAAUGAUAUGCAUCCAAGGGCAGAGGGACCUUCACAAGAAAAGAACAGAGUUUUGAGUGCAAAUGGUGGAGGAAGACAGCAAAGGGACAGAAAUGAUAUCCAAAAGGAAGUCUUGACUGCUUUGUUUAAUGGUCCUGAGAGAUUUGAUGAAUUUUCUAGAAGAAGGAUGAGGUCAGCAAAAAGGCCUAUUGCAUUAGGAGAACUUGUGGAAGGACCUCCAAUUGAUUACACUGCUGAGCAGAAGGUUGAUAGAGUUCACUCACAAGAAGAUAAAAAAGAUGAUGAAGGUGAAGAAGACAGUUUCCAGGUUCUUCGAAGAGCUGUGAAGGAAUAUAGGGGCAUAAUGAAGGAAUAUUAUAAAGCUGCUGUUGAUGCUUUUGCUAAGGGGGAUCAAGAUCUAGCAAACAGACUUCUAGAAGAGGGACAAUUUUUUCGUGAAAAGGGUCGCAAAGCAGAUGAAGAAUCCAAUCAAAAGAUUUUUGAAACUAGGAACUCGGAAGCAGAGGAAGAAAUGUUGCUUGACUUGCACGAUCAUGGCGCGAAGGAGGCAAUACAUCUUUUGAAGUGUCAUCUAUCCUCACUAGCCGGCAUUCCAUCAUUCAAGUACCUAAAGGUCAUUGUUGAGACAAAUGAAGAAGAUUCCUCAAAAGGCAGUCGUAGACGAUUGGUUAUAAAGCUAUUGGAGAAGGAAUCAAUUGAUUGGAGUGAAGGAGAAACUUCUGGAGUGGUAUUGAUUCGGUUGGAUAAUAUCAACCCCAAAAGAUUGAGUUUUGCCAAAAAAUAGCGUGCAUCAUGGGAAUCAAUCAAGUUGGUUUCUCUUAAAUCAUUGAACUUCAAGCUAAUUAAUAGCCAUUGUUUGAAAAACUCUGCUUAAAAUGUGAAAGUUGUUGCUGUUUGAGUUAUUCUUUUCUGGAAAUUGUUUUUCUAUUUUGUAAUUGCAAUUUUUGGCAUUCUUGUAAUGUAAUGGAAUUGAAAAUAACUUAUGGUCAUUAAAAACUGUGUUACAAUGGGUUUUUUUAUUUUGUUUUA